CACUGGAAUUGUAAUACAGUGAAUUAUAAGUGAAAUAAUUACAUGUGUCAUGCACAAAGUAGAUGUCCUAACCGACUUGCCAAAACUAUAGUUUGUUAAUAAGACAUUUGAGGAGUGGUUGAAAAACAAGUGUAUGUAAACUUCUGACUUCAACUGCAUGUCAUUUUUGCAUCCCUGACUUCAUGUGAGCACUAGAGGGCAGUGUGAAGAAAAGCGCGCACAUGUAUUUUCUCACGUGGAGUUCCUCUUGAUGUAACAGCUUCACUUCCUCAUCUUUGUUGUUUCGAUCCGGUUUGGGUCCUUUCCGCUUGCAGUCAGUGUCCAAACGUGCUCCGAAAAAAUGGCACUUUAUAAUUUUAAGAAGAUUAUGGUGGUUCCCACCUCAAAGGAAUUCAUUGACAUCACUUUAUCGAAAACCCAAAGGAAGACUCCGACAGUAGUACACAAGCAUUAUCAAAUUCACCGCAUCAGGCAUUUCUACAUGCGCAAGGUGAAAUUCACCCAACAGAACUAUCAUGAUCGGCUCUCCCAGAUUUUGACAGACUUUCCCAAAUUGGACGAUAUCCAUCCUUUCUAUGCAGAUUUGAUGAAUGUCUUGUAUGACAAAGACCAUUACAAGUUGGCUUUGGGACAGAUCAACAUUGCAAAGAAUUUGAUUGACAAUGUUUCCAAAGACUAUGUUCGACUGAUGAAGUAUGGUGAUUCUCUGUACCGCUGUAAACAAUUGAAGCGCGCUGCUCUGGGUCGGAUGUGCACCAUCAUGAAGCGACAGAAGCAAAGCUUGGAAUACCUGGAACAAGUGCGCCAGCAUCUUUCCCGUUUACCAACGAUUGAUCCCAACACUCGAACUCUACUGCUUUGUGGAUAUCCUAAUGUGGGCAAGUCUAGUUUCAUCAACAAGGUCACCAGAGCUGAUGUUGAAGUCCAGCCCUACGCCUUCACCACCAAGUCCUUGUUCGUCGGCCACAUGGAUUACAAAUACCUUCGUUGGCAGGUGGUUGACACCCCAGGGAUCUUGGACCACCCUUUGGAGGAGAGGAACACCAUUGAGAUGCAGGCUAUCACAGCCCUGGCCCAUCUGCGUUCUGCCGUGCUCUACGUUAUGGACGUCUCCGAGCAGUGUGGCCAAACCCUGGAGCAGCAGCUCGAGCUCUUCAACAACAUCCGGCCCCUCUUUGCCAACAAGCCUUUGCUCAUUGUGGCAAACAAGUGUGAUGUCAAGAAGAUCAGUGAACUCACUGAAGAAGACCAGAAAAUCUUUGCUGACCUUACUGCAGAGGGCAUCUCUGUCAUUGAAACCAGCACUUUGACUGAGGAGGGAGUGAUGACUGUGAAAACAGAAGCAUGUGACAAACUUCUGGCCCAUCGUGUCGACGGCAAAAUGAAGGGCAAGAAGGUGCAUGAUGUGCUCAACAGAUUGCAUUUAGCAGUGCCUGCAAAGAGGGACGAGAAGGCGAGACCACCGUUCAUUCCGGAGGGAGCUAGGAUUGGCAGGAAAACAAUGGAGGUGGAUGCACCCAAACGCAAAACGGAGAGAGACCUGGAGGUGGAGAUGGGAGAUGAUUAUAUCCUGGACCUACAGAAAUAUUGGGAUCUGAUGAAUCAAGAUGAGAAAUAUGAUGUGAUUCCUGAAAUAUGGGAGGGUCACAACAUUGCAGAUUAUAUCGACCCUGAUAUCAUGAAGAACCUGGAGGAUCUGGAGAAGGAGGAGGAGCUGAAGGUGAAGGCAGGGGAGUACGAGACUGAUGAGGAGAGCGAGGACGAGGAGAUGCAGGAGAUUCGUCAGCUGGCCAAACAGAUCAGAGAGAAGAGGAAGCUGAAGAUCGUUUGCUCCAAAGACAAGGAUGUGCACGGCCCCAGACUACCCAGAACUGUCAAGAAGGUUGAAAGAAAAACCCUGGAGAAGGAAAUGGGAGACCUUGGUCUGGACAUGACUGGCAAAGAUGAUAGCCACUAUGCAGUGAAUGCCCGUAGAUCCCGGAGCGUUGGCGUUGCCAAGAAGCGUAAGCGUGAGGCGUCUGUCGUUCCCACCUCUCGAACCCGCAGCCAGAGUGCCUCUCGUCCUCCACGCGACCAAUCUGGUGUUCGCGAUCCUAAGAUGGCGAAACAGGCCAAGAAGUUGAUGAAGAACCAACAGAAGGACAUGAACCGCCAGGGGAAGAAGGGGGAGGCAGACAGACAUGUAUUUGACCUCAAGCCAAAACAUCUUUUCUCUGGCAAGAGGAAGUCCGGAACCAACGAUCACAGAUAAAGGCAUUGAUCGAUGCAGUUUACUUUUUAGUCCAGCUUCUGUCUCAAUUGUAUACAUUUUCCUCUGGAGUAAAACUGAACAUAAUUCAGGAACCGCAAACAUUUAUUAUCAUUCAUUAUAUUGAGGUAUUGAGUGACACGGACGUGUCGUUCCUGGUUUUGAAAAGCUGCAGCUGUGCAGUGGAGCACAAACAGAAUCUGACAAGGUAUCAGCAAGCAAUGAGAUGUUGGUGGAUUUUAGUGGUAGUUCAACUUGUCACUUACGUGAACACCCACAGUCAUAGCUUCCAAUUGCUGUGGCCACCAAUUGUUAUACGAAAAAGGCUCAUAGCAUUUGAGUAAAGUGUACUUGAAUUGUAAACUUUCAUUGGAACAUCUUGCCUUAACUCCUGGAAUUUAAUACAGUGUAUUUCUUUGGUGUCGCUAGAAACAUAAAUAACAUGAAGCUGCAUGCACCAUAACAGUUAACCUCUCACUAAAUGUGAGUUUCUUCUACAGUGUACACUGAAGUGGGGAACUGAUUAAAUGCUAAAUUGACAUUUGUCUCUGUGGUGGUCAAAUAUACUGAAUACUUUAA